GUUUUGUUUUUCGGAACGCGCAAUAUCGAUGAGUAAUUUACGAAAAUUCGUUUAAUUGAAUCAGUCGCAGAAAUCGUUUGACAGUGCAAACAAUAAAGACGUGAUUAUUUUUGAUCUAGACGAAGAUUUAUUUAUAACCUCAAUUUUAUUUGAAAAUACAAUCUAAAACCGUGCAUUCGAUAAAUCUUAUGUCGUGCCAUCAAUUUGAAAAUUUUAUUUCGAUUGUUGAUUUGUUUGUGUUUACCUGUGUACGUGAGAAAUUUACUAGGAAAAAGAGACAUUUUUCUGAGAAACCCUCUCCUCCAUUUGAUUCUCGUAUCCUAUUGGCUGAAAGCUUUCAACGUCGGUUAGGACAUUAGAAUUCUCUGUGUUUCCGUUUGAAGAAGACGCUUUUUUAAGACAAAGAAAAAACGACCUCGUGUUCGAGUUUUUUUUUUUGUAAAUCAGUUUUCUCAAUUUUUCUACAGUGUUAAUUAUAUUGAAAAUGUCUGAUUGAUAGUCUUUCCUCUCAGUAACUAAUCUACUAUUGUGUAUUUCAACACCUGAAGAUUUUUUCAUCAUCUGGAAGAUUUUCUCAUCAAAAUGAAUCAAGAAAUAUCUGAUUUACAAACUGAUAUUCAAACUCAAUAUAAACUUCUUCAAUUAAUCGGUGAGUCGGAAUUUGAUAUUAUUCAAGAAAAUGGACAAAGAAGACUCACGAGUCAUGAGCUUGCAAAUAAUUUAAUAGAACGUUCAAAGGGGAGUGAAGUUUUCUUGGGUCGUAUACCUCGUAAUUGUUAUGAAGAUGAAAUUGUUCCUGUUUUACAAAAAGUGGGUAAAUUAUUAGAAUUAAGAUUAAUGUUAGAUUUUUCUGGUACCAAUCGGGGUUUUGGUUUUGCUUUGUUUGAAGAUUCAAAAACGGCACGACGCGCUUGUCAAUUAUUAAAUAAUUCUGAAAUUCGCCCUGGACAUCGUAUUGGUGUGGUAAAGUCCAUUGAUAAUUGUCGCCUUUUCUUCGGCGGUGUUCCCAAGGACAAAAGUAAGGGUGAAUUUUUCGAAGAACUUAGCAAAAUGUUAGAUGGUAUUACUGAAAUUUACGUUUAUCCCAACUCUGAAGAUCGUACUCAAAAUCGUGGUUUUAUUUUCGUCGAAUUCAGGGAUCAUAGAUCAGCAGCGAUGGCACGACGAAAAUUAAUCCCCGGAAGAGUUGUUUUAUGGGAUCAUGAUAUUGCUGUUGAUUGGGCUGAUCCUGAACCUGGCGAUCCCAUCGAUGAAGAUAUAAUGCAAACGGUUUCAGCGCUUUUUAUAAGAAAUUUACCAUUGGCAAUGACUCAACAAAAGUUGAAAGACUUGAUUGUAAAAGCGACGAAUGUUCCAAUUUUGAAAAUAAAGAAGCUCAAUCAUUUCUCAUUUGUUCAUUAUGAGACGCGUGAAUUAGCGGAACUUGUUAUGUCAAUAUUGAUAAAACCUGAAGGAUUGGCAGAAAGUGAAGAAUGGGAAAUUCGUUGGGCAAAGCCAAUUGGAGGUGUCAAGGAUAUUGAAAGACAGAGAAGAAUUGCUGAAGCCUAUGGUAAAACAAUUGUAUCGAAAAAUAUUGAUAGUCCAAAAUCCAUAACGCAUAAAAAUCGAUCUAAAGGAACGAAUAAAACAAUUAAUACAGCUGAAAAUUCAAAUCUACCAAAGCACGAUUACGCGCAAAGUUUACAAAAAUUUGUAAUGGAAAAAUUAAAUUCUCUAUGCCAUUUAGAAUGUAUUGAAUCCUAUGAUCCUUUAGGAUACAUGUGUAAGAUAACAAUUGUUAAAGAUAAUCAAAUAAUUUUUCAACAUUUGGGCGAUGUACUGCCAACAAUUCAAAAAGCAAUUAACGUUGCAGCUCGAGCGAUUUAUCAUAAAUUAAGCACAUCAACAUGUGUUCCAGUUACAAUUCCAGCGCCAAUUGCAAUGCCUCCACCGAUGACAAAUUAUUUUUAUCAACCGCCAAUGAAUCAGUGCAGGAUUCCAUUGAAUCAUACAUUUUAUGAUACAUCAAUUGCUACCUGGCAAAUGCAGGGGAUUUCACUAGAUGCUUAGUGGGAAUUUUGAUUUUUUUUUUUUCUUUUAAAAGCUACAAAUCGUUUACAACGUAGAGAUUUUUAAAAAGAAUUAAGAUUCUUUUUGAUGGUAUUUUUAAAGGAAAGUUUAACUUCAAAGAAACACGAUUAAUUGGGGGAGAAAGAUGAAUAUUUUUUUACUCGUGCUUUCUAUAAUUUAUUUAUCGUCAAUUUUUAGUUUAAUUUUUAUUAAUUUUUUUUUUUUUUUUUGAUAAUUUUGAGUUAGGAAUGUUACUUGUAAUUUUAUACUAUUAGAAUGUAAGUUUUUCGUAUAGUUGGAAGUAUUUAGAAAAAAGUUUAAAAAAACAAUUUUUUUACGCGUUUUGAUAACGUUUCUCUACGUUGAAAAAAAACAGUUAAUAGCUUCAAGUCUCUUUUGAUAUUUUUUUUUGUGUAUUUUUUUUAACUAAGUUAAAAAAAAAGUCUUCAAGUGUGAACACGUUUUAAACGUGUCUUUUUUUUCGAUAAUUCACAUGUGUAUUUUUAUAUCUCUUUUUUGUAAAGAUUUCGCGUAUUUUCAAUACGUAUCGAUGGAUUUUAAAAAAGAAGUAUUUUUAAAAUCGCCUGUUAAAUUCUCCGGGGGUAGAGAAUGUUUUUUUUUUUUUUAUAAAAAUCAGAUUAGCUUUUAAUUGAAUUUUUCUACGUGUGUUAACUUUUAAACUUUAAAAGUUCUUGUAUAGUUUUGUCCUUUUUGUAACUUUUAAAUUUUUGACAAUUAUAUUUGUAUUUCAAAAGUUGUGAAUGUGAAAAUUAUUUAAUAUUUCUAAUUACUAAUGUCAAACAUGUUUAUAUUUAAAAGUAAUGAAAUGUUAAUUUUUAAAAUAAUUUUUCCCAAGAAAUUUGUAUUAAUUUUUCUAUUUUGAAUAAAUCUAAACGAUUUAUUUUGCAAAAGAAAA